CAGAAUCGCAAUUAAUACAUUCCGAUCUUAACCCAUAAGAAAAGCAAGGUAUCGAAAACAAACAAUCUGAACACAUAAAUUGCAGAGGAAGGAGCAAGAAAGAACACGUGAAGCAGAAGAAGACAUGGCGUUGCAGUGGUUGAUACUCACAUACGUGGUCGCGGCUGAGGCUGCGGUGGCCAUUGUGCUAACGCUUCCGACACCCAAACUUCUCAGGAACCGUUUGGCUUCUCUCGUUUCCCUCAUUCUUCAACCCGCGCUUUUCAUCGUCCCCUUUGCGGGGUUCCACCUCCUAGAUAUAUACUGGAAGAAUGAGCAUCGGUUGAUGUGUACCUCUGAAGUUUGCACUGCUGCGGAGAGGGAUCGAUAUGAGAAAUCUAUAUACAAAGCUCAGAGGAAUGUAAUCCUGUGCAUCACAUCAAUUCUUCUUUACUGGUCUAUCAGCCGUAUUUGCAAGUAUCAGAAGGAUGUGGAGAGUAUGGAGGAAGUGGAGAAGAGAUACAAGUCCCAGUAGAUAUUUGUAGUCAUGGAUAGUGGUGGAGUCUAGUAAUAGUAGUGUCUAUGGACAUGCCAACAUGAUGUACUAAAUUUUCAAAUUCCAAUCUUUCUUUAUUAUGCAGUUUGGGAUGUGUUUUUGACUUCUAUGUUGUUUAAUGCUUUUUAGCCUAUAUCAGGGAAAUAUUUUUCUUUUAAUGUUAAGAGUGUGUUUGGUUUCGGUGGGAAAAUUUUGAGAAUUGUUUUUGCCACUUCUCAAACUUUAUUUUAGUAAAAGUAAAGAUGUUCUGUUUU